AUAUACCUAUUUUUGGGAAUGAAAUGUAGUUACCGACGUUACCGUAACCAGCCGCAACGUUGCUACUCGGGUCUAACAGCUAUUUUGUGUUUCUGACAGUUUCUGUGUGACUUAUUGAGUUAUUCAUUUAUAAAAACUAUUUUUGUGAAUUUUUGUGAAAAAUAUAAAGAAUUAUGGUACAUAUAUGUGUAGUGUGCAAUAAAGUAGGUCAUGUAAAUCGAAAUUUAUCCUUUCAUCGGUUUCCUCAAGAUCCUGAGAAAAAAAAAGUUUGGUUUUCUCUAGUAGGGAUUCUUGAAAAUCAGCCACUUCGUAAAAACCCAGAGUUGUGUUCAGAACAUUUUUUUCCUGAAGAUGUUUUGGUACGUGCAAAUGGUGCUAAAUACAUCAGGAAAGAUGCAAACCCCAGACGGUGUGAGGGCUUUCUAUUUUUGGAUGACUUAUCCAAUAGUUCUGAUUCAACUGUUUUUGGAACACCACCUGCUGCAAGAAAAAACAUUGCAGUAAGCGAGUCAUCUCUAUCCACAGAUGAAAAUGGAUAUGAAUUCUCCCAGGAUAAUUUUAAUGAAAGCCAUCAAUUUGAAAAUGAGCUACAAAUUAAAGAAGAAAUUCUCGAAGACGACCAGAAUGCGUAUCUGAAUGAACAAGAAUUUAAAGAACAACUAGAACAAGUUGCACCGAAGCAAAGCAAACAAAUUAAACCUCAAAAUGAACAGACUACGGAAAUGAUGGAUGUAUUGAACAGCAUUAACGAGCAAAAAAAAUCGAAUAAUUAUGUUGAUGAAUCUACCACAGGAAUGGUGAAUAUAAUGAAAAAGUUUUUUAACGAACAAAGGAAUUUCAACAAGGAUAAGGACGAAUUUGAUAUUUUUGGGGAAUUAAUUUCCAGGAAAAUAAGGAAUUUAAAUACUCACUAUGCCAGAGCUACAGUUCAGAACAUGUUAAAUAAUAUUUUGUAUGAGGCAGAACUUGGAAAAUAUGACGCUCCGUUGACAACCAAUCAAAAUGAUAUUAACAGACGUACGGCGACCAGAGAGUGUGUCAAUUGUCCCAGUACGUCAACUUAUUCAAACGUUGACACGACAUAUUCGAAUACCAAAUCCGAUAGUAUUCAGCAUACUGACGACUGCGUGGAAAACAAUUUGAAUUAGACAAGAUUAUGUUUUAAUGUUUUAUGUUUUAU